UCGACUUAAUAAGAAAAGGUCUUUCAGCACCAAUUACGUCAUUCUCUCGCUUGUAAGUGACAAUUUACAUAUUCGUUGUGCAAAGCAAUCAAUACCCCAUGUGUCCGGCCCGCCUCAGUUUCUCGCAAACACACAAAAGUCAGUCGUCGUGAUCGUGAAUGCAUGGACGUCGUACGUCUGCCGCGAAGAAAAAAUGAUGGCUUUUUCCGUUGAUAAUUUGAGAGACGACGACGGCUUCGCGAGAGUACGUAUUUCCUUCUUGGACCUCAAAUUUCCACACACACAUAAAUUCAAAACCCACCAACUACCUAUUAAUUUCCCUUGUUUACUUCCAUGGAUCCGAUCCAAAACUUGAACAAAGACAAAAUUAGCCAUCAAACUGUCCCGUCAUCCAUAUGCCGCAAAAUUCAUCCCACUUGUGCAAAUUGUAAUAACUCACGACGACCGAACAUUUAAUUUCCCCGGACGACUCUUCUAGCUAACGUGCAUUUUAUUGAUAAAAAAUAUAUGGAUCUUUUAUGUAUAAGGAUCGAAAUGGGUUUCGCUAAAACGGAAAAUUACAAAAAAAGAACGCAUCGGUUAUUUGAACGGGGCAAGUCAUCGAAAUCAACUGAUCACCUAACCCAAACGCAUUAAUGCAAAUUAUUCAAUGGACCAUAAAUAAUAAUAACCUGACCUACAUACUUUCUUACGUCCAAGUUAGGACCAACUCCAAGAAUUAAAACUGUUAUGUCUUUGCCCUCUUUUCAAAACAACCGCACGUGUUUGUUGUCAUUGUUUGGUGGGACUUGGUCCAUUUUUUCUUGAUGAUCGAUCGGUUAUUAUUAUCUACCCAUUUAUUGUUUAUGUUAUAAAAUUUUAUAUGUUUAAACGAAAACAAAAUUAUAGAUUUGAGACUCAACAUACUUUUAACGAUGAAAUAAAAUUGCAUUGUAGUUCAAGAAGAUUAUCCAAACACAAAUUUUUUGUUCAUUCUAAACUUUAAUAUCGUAUAAAUGUCAAAAACAUGUGAGUUCCCAAUAAUUCAAGUUGUUGAGAGAGGUUCAAUAAUGGAUCAUAAGGGCUUUCGUUUGCACAUGUCCUGAACACGAGAAUACAUGUGCUUCACAAAUGGGGUCACCGGGAUUCGAACACAAGACCUCCCGGCCACAACAGGCUCUGAUAUCAUGUUAAGAACCAGUUAGUCCCAACAACCCGAGUUGUUGGGAGAGGUUCAAUAAUGAAUCUUAUACCAUUCACUAACAAUAAAGAAUUCAUUGACGAACAAGGGCUUGGCCUAGUAGUAAUACCACUAGCCUAGAACCUAGAGGUUCCAGGUUCGAAUCCCUUAAGUAAUACCUUAAUGACAACAAAAUGAAACCUAUAUCACCCUUAUAAAAAAAACACAAUAAAGAAUUCAUUGAUUCCGUUUAUAACUCUAAUUGUUAUGAAAUAUCGAACGAACGUUAUACAGUUCGACAACUGGUCAUUUUUACUUGCAUACCUUAUUCAAAUUUCGUGUAAAGUAUUGCCCAUUGUUUCAUAUAGGGGUGUCCGUUCGGUUACCGGUGGCCGGUUAACCAAUAAACGACCGGUUAAACCGACAAUCGGCCGGUUAUCCACUAACCGGUAACCGAAAUAACCGAACUUCGGUCGGUUAUCGGAGGCUGGACAAAAUGGUUUUUGGUCUUAAAAGUGGUUCGGUUAACCGAUAACCGAGAUAACCGAGAAACCAAAGCCUAUUUCGGUUGGUUUUUGAUAUAAAAGACGAUUAUUUCGGUUAACCAAUAACCAGCCGAUCGAUUACCGGUUAUAACCGAAAUAACCGAACUGCUACCCGAUAGUUUCAGACCAUAUGCUUAUUCAUUGACUACGGGUGAAGACGUGAAGUCGUAAAGAGAAGGACAGCAUGAUAGCCGGAGCAAGAGGCGGUCGCGUAUGUUUUAACACCAGUCAUUAACUUAUUAUUAUUAUUAUUAUUAUCAUAUGCUCGGAAAUUAUAAUGAAAUAGCCGAAAUAUUAAUUUUGAACGUGGGGGGAAAAAAAACAAAUUUUUCAUUCAGAGGCGAAGGGAGUCGGCCGGUCCCACCGUUGAGCAGUCAACGAGGCGCGCGGGUUAUAAGGGGGGAGCAGAUCUGAGUGUUGUGAACGUGUGCAUGCAUGUGUUGUCCACCACUCCCGUCCUUGUUGUAAUGUAAAAAUUAGUCUUCGCUUCUGCCCCACCCGGUCGCCGGUCUCUUCUAGUAGCCAGCCAGGUCGUCAAAUUCGUUGACUAAUUGGGCUGCGCCCAUUUGGUCAUUGGUCCCCCUAUUCUUAUUUCUAAAUUAUUAUUACCUCAAAACUAUUGGCAGACAGAUCGGAACAAACACCACAACGCCGACGGGAAAAAAGAAAGAAGAAAAAUUUUCUACAUAGGAAGGCGGAUGGAAGGGAGGACCGUCGUCACAUUUGAGAUAAGGGGGGAGAAAGAAAAAAUAAAAAUUCAGUCCAUGACUCGAGAACUUGCAGAGAAUAUUGUACAGACAAAUAUUAUGGUCUUUGUUAUCACAAGUUAGUACGAUAUAAGAAGUCUGUUUAGUUUCAUCACACUGCAGCGUUUCGUUUUGUUCCUAAAGUUAUGUUUUUUUGCGUCAAUUAAGUCAUUUUAAUCUGUGAGUUGUUAUCGGAGUGUUGAGAGUUUGUUUGUUGAUGAGAUGGUUAGUUAUGAUCAGCUUGAUUUUAUGGUUAAAAGAGCAAGCACACGUUCGGAAAAAGACCUCGUUUGUUGGGUUGUUGCGUGGUUACUUAUAAUACUUCCUUUAUCAAAUAAUUCCGAGCUCUUAUACAUUACUAUAAUUGAACUUCUAAUGGUUAGGUCUAUUCAAUUGCACGAGAUAAACCCAGAAACCAACUACCGAGAGAAAGUAACAUGAGAUUCGUACUUUUGGAUCUCUCUCGCCCAACAAAUUAAAUAAUUUGGAUCAAUUAGCUCGCUACAUAAUAUCAUAUCAUGGUUUGACUAAAAAGUCUCAAAUUCAAAUCCUCGCGAAAUAAACGAAAGAAUGCAUAAAUCCUCGUUGCUUUGCAUCCACCAUCGUCGUAUGUACGGGACUAAUAGAUUGUUAUAGUCAAAUAUUAACUUGGGGAAGAGUGACUUUGAUUGAGGUAGAAAUUGGUAUUAUUUGAAAAAGUGCUUGUAUUGACAUUUUGUGAUUGUUUACUAUAUUAAAAAAACACCGAGGGAAGAAAUGAGGGGAUUUUCUCACGUGGAAUGCGCCGCACCAAUCGGAACGGUGGAGUGGAAAUUUUAUUAUUGUUUUAUUAAUAAUUCACCAACAACACACCCCUCUCUCUCUUCGAUCCUUCCUUCCUCCCUCUUGUGUUUUUUCUUUGUGUUUCCAUUUUGAUAGAAGAACAAGUCAAAGAAUACUACUGUCUUGACCAAGAAAAGUAGACUAAAUUAAACCUCCUCCCCCUCUUGGAGAAAAUAAUGGCUUCCUUUUUGUGGUUCAGUUUUCAAGUUUCAACCACCGCCGGGCGCACCUAGCUGGAUCCAUCAACGACCUGUAUGUAAUUUGCGAAGAACUUAAUUUAAUGUGUCGAGAUGCAGUAGAACAUAUCGAAUUAUCGUGUUGAUUUCAAACUCGAUCGAGAAACUAGUGGGGAAAAAAAAUAAAGUUUGUGGACUGAUUCGUUAGAAUAAUCCAAGUCUUGAUUAGUCUCUUAUUGCCUGAAGAGACAGAAUCAAUUCAACGCCCGACUCGGGUUGAGCAAAAGACUAGAGAAGUUGUUUUUUUUAAAAGAAAAGGACUAGAGAAAAAGGGAAGGAAAAACGGAGACGAAAAAACAGGCAGAGGCAGCCGCUUAAUUAGCUUAGCCAGCUGGCGAUCGUGACGCAUACUGUGACGAAACUUGGAAACUAAACCAAAAAUCCCCGGUAAAAAAAAAGUCCACAAAUCUAAUCUUUUUUUUGGUCUUCGUCUUCGCUUCCACCCCUUUUUUAUAGCCGACCUCUCCUCUCUUUCCCCCACUAUUUCUAUCCUCCCUCUAGACUGUGUCCAACUUCCCCAUUCACUCUCCCUCUCCGAUCUACCUCUGAUCGACCUCUUCUCCGGCCGAGAUUUAUAUGGAAAAAGGAUGGUGUCUCGCCGUUGAAUCCGAUCUUCCUCCCCGUCCAUCACCAGCAGCUUAUAGUACUCCUUUCCCCUUCUUCCCGCCGCCCGCCGCCGGUAACCCCAUGAUGAGGAUGUUUCAGUUCCCUGACGUCGAAUCCCUCCACCACGCCGCCGCCGACCGCCUCCACGCCGUCGGCGAGGUCGACUUCUUUGCUCACCGCCAUAGCAACGACAAGACGACGUCAUCUCGUUCUGUUGAUCGUGAUGAUAGCAGUCGCAACGACGACGACGACGAGCAAGAUCUGAAAUCUAGCCCGGUCAAGAAGGAGGAUGACGACAAAGUAAAUACUGGAUUGCAUCUUGCCAACACGCGGAGCGACCAAUCGACGGUGGAUGAAGGGAUUCCUCCGUCGUCGGAUCAUCGGACGAACCAUGAUGAUAGCCGAUCCAAACCCGAGCUGGCUGAAUUACGAGUUGAGCUUAAGAAGAUGAACGUAGAGAACCAGAGAUUAAGGGACAUGCUUAGCCAAGUCAGCAACAACUACACCUCCCUCCAAAUGCACCUUGCUUCAGUCAUGCAUCAACGGCCUAACUCCAACCAAGAACAAGUGGUUCCUAGAAGAUUCUUGGCGUUGAUGCCACCAGGAGAAACCUCAAACUCAUCGUCUGACGAGCGAACCCGCUCGGAAUCUUCCCCGCGCAAAAGGUCGUCGGUCAGCGGUGGCAGAGCCGAGAGUCCGGAAUCGGAAACUCAAGGGUGGAAUAGUCCAAACAAUCCUAACAAACUCCAGAAAUUGUCUGCUCCUCCUGCUCAUUCGACUGGACCCAGUAAAUCCAUCACGGCCCAACAACAACAGGAGCAGCAGCAGCCCAACAGCAACGCCGAGGCGACCAUGCGAAAAGCCCGCGUCUCCGUGCGGGCCCGCUCCGAGGCCCCGAUGAUAUCGGACGGGUGCCAGUGGCGGAAAUACGGGCAGAAGAUGGCUAAAGGAAACCCCUGCCCGAGAGCGUACUACCGCUGCACGAUGGCGGCGGGCUGCCCGGUGCGGAAACAGGUGCAACGCUGCGCGGAGGACAAGACGAUAUUAAUAACCACCUACGAAGGAAGCCACAACCACCCUCUCCCUCCCGCGGCGAUGGCCAUGGCGUCGACUACAACCGCCGCCGCCACCAUGCUCCUCUCCGGUUCGACGUCGAGCCCCGACGGCGCCAUGAUGAUGGUCAACCACCCGACCAAUAACUUGCUCGCCCGAGCUAUGAUUCCCAACGGCGCGGCCCACAGUAGUAACAGCGUGGCCUCGAUCUCGGCUUCCGCGCCGUUCCCCACCGUCACGUUGGACCUCACCCACGCGUCAUCGCCAAACAAUAAUAAUAAUAUUAAUAAUUCGGUGCAGUUGCCACGUCAGCAGCAAGGGUUUGCCGGUGUGUACAACAACCAGUCGAAAUUCUCGGGGCUCCAGCUGUCAUCGUCCCAGCUGCUACAGUUGCAGCAUCAGCUGCCGCCACGUGUGGCCUCGCCGGUGGCGGCGAGGCAGGAGGGUUCUACGACGACGGUGGUGGAUCGGUCGGUGAGUGCGGCCACGGCUGCCAUCACCUCGGAUCCUAACUUCACGGCGGCGCUGGCGGCUGCCAUCUCUUCCAUCAUGAGCGGCCAACAACAACAGCAACGGUAAAAACGACGAUGGAAAGACAGCAGGCAGGAAUCUUCGAAUGUGUUGAUUAAAUCUUGUUACAGUAUGUUUAUUUUUCUUGGUUCGUAGAUAGACAUGCACGCUCUGUUAUUUUUUUCUUUUUUUUUAUCUUUUCAUCAUGUUAAUUACGUGCCCUCCAUGAUCAUUUCUGGACAUAUACGGUUUAAGUUUCCUUAGUGGCCUAGGGUUAGAAUUUUAGAUAAAGAUUAUGAGACCUUUCAAUCCUUUGUACCAAAGUUUUAAUUAAUUUGUUAUUUUCUUCUUCAGUUUAAUUAAAUUGAAUAAUGUUUAACCGUUAAUACUCAAUUAGUACAAUAAUAUCUGCUUUGAGACAAGUCUGGAUGAUCGUACACUAUAAUUAACUUAAUUAAACACUAAUAUACACGAGUCAAUUUUCUUGUAUAUCCGAUAUCGUACUUGAAUUAUCUCAUACAACACUCAAGAAAGCUAUGUUUGGCACGUUAGAAUUAGGGAAGGGAGCGGGGGGGAAUGGGAAGUCAAGUAAUACGGCCGAGCGAGCGGGUAGCUCAGUUUGACACAGGCAAAGAAAGUUGACUAGGAGAAAGGGAAAGGAAUAAUGUGAGUUGCAUUGCAUGGACUUAAUAAGGAGACUUCUAGGAAGGCAACAAGUUCAAUUAUCAAUCGUGUGUAAUUAAAUUGCCCCACAUGAAGUGAGUGACUAGCGAAGCUGCAGGAAGGAAGGUGGAUUGAAUUGAAUGGAAACUGGAGAUUUCGUCUGAUUUCGAGAUGAGAUGCCUUUCCCAUUUUCCCCGUGACGGUGGUCAACUUUGGCAGAAGCCAGAGGAAAGAAACAAACAAAUCCUCUAAUCUCUCUCACCCAUUUCAGAGAAAGAGGAGCCAAACAAGACAUAUAAAAUGAUGGCGACGUGGCAGCUGUUUAUUAGCUAGGUUACAGGACGUAGUCGGAUACUGUAGUUGACCUCGCUAUAGCAAUCUCUCAGCAAGUUCUCGUAUUGUCUUAAUUAUGAAUAAUUCGAGGGGGGAUUAUUUUCAAGUGCUUGGAUUGCGGACCAGUGGGUUGACAUGUGGUCAUUCUCAUUCAGUCGUGGCCGUGGGUACUAUUAUAAAAAAAAAAAAAAAUUGAUUAAGUCUCCAUUAUGAUGAUUAUGUGGGGCUCGAGAAGAAAUUAUAAUUAUAAUUAUAAUUAAAUCGUCAUUAAAAUGUAAAAAUAUUAAUGGAGUCGUGGAACUUGGUGGGUGAAGGGAGUAGCUCCCCGUACCGCAUCUAUACCCGUACGCUCGCGUACCCUAGCUAGUUGGGAUAUAAAUUGUUGUGAUAUGGGAAUAGGUUGUCAACCCGCGGGUUGACCCGUACUCGGUCGAUUUAGUGGGUCAAGGAUUAAUGAGUCACCCGAUUUAGUUCGGUUUAGUCUGGAAAUAUGGAAAGAGUCAUUAUAUUGUUCUUAUUAUGAUAAAUUAUAUCAAAUCUCAUAUAACGUAUGAGUACAGGGGCGGAGCUAUGUAGGCUCUCGGGGGGGCCCCGGCCUCCCCGAGAAUUUUGAAACUUACGUAUAAAGUCCUAGGAAAUUCCGAGAAUUACGUAUAAACUCAAUCUAACAAGGAUAUAAAAUUCGAGUGAAAUAUUUUUAACAGCCCAGAUUUGUAGUGUAGCGGAGAAGUCAUGCAGUUCUAGCUAGAAGGUUCAGGGUUCGAUUCUGAUAGACAGCAUUGCUUUUAUAAUUUUAACAGUUUUUUUUUCAGUUUAAUCCUCUAAUUUUUCUAUUUUGUCUUAUAAAUUCUGUAAUUUCAAAUAAAUUCAGUCAAGUUCUUAAACUUUUACAUUCAUAUUUUCAAAGGUUGUUUUUGGAUAUGUAAUUAAUUAAUUUUUAAAAACAAUAAUAUAAUCAUAAAUUCAUAUUCAAGGUAUAAAACAAUUACAUGUUAAAAUGCAUGAUAAUUUUUGCUCACACUAUAAACAUUUAUUUUGAGUAUAACAUACUAGCAAACUUUAAAUUAUUUAUAUUUUGAGUUUUUUCUAUUUUAAUUAAUAUAUGUCGUUAUUAUUUAUUUUUAUCUUUGGAUUAUCACAAUAAUUUACUAAAUAAAUCCGGCCCCCCCGAACUUUCAAUCCUGGCUCCGCCCCUGUAUGAGUAAUAACAUAUAACAUUGCACCAAAAUAACAUGUCGUAUUUAGAUCCAACAUAUAGUGAAAAUUCACACAUUUAUAUAACAUCAAUAUUCAAAUGUUCAACUUAGCAUUCCAAAGAUUGAGUUAGGCGAAAAGAAAAAUCGGAAACUAAGCGCAUUUCUCAAAUCAAAAGAAAAAAUGACACAAUUUGACUUCCAACCCGAUACCUUGUAGCGGUCAACCCUACGAAUGCGUGCGACCCGUUUUUUCUCACUGAGUUAGGAUCAAAGUGGAUUGACCCGCGCCGCGAGUUCACAACCCUUGUUAUCAAAUCAAUAAUUUAUGAUGGUUAUCCAGUUAUGACUUGUGAAUGAUAUAUUGCCAGGGUCGGCCAAGAGGGUGUGCUGGCCCGCCCUCCGGCACAGGGCCUCAGAAUAUUAGGGGCCUCUACUUAGAUUCGUUAGUUACCGAUCGUAUAUUGUAGGUUGUAUUUUUAGUGUAUGAUUGAUUGAUUAUGAGUAUGAUGAUGUGUUUAAUAGAUAAUUUUAGCUAUAAUAACAAUUGAAAAGGAUCUCAUGGAGAAUACGAAAAUCUAAAAAAUAAUAGAUUAUUUUAAUUUAAACAAUAUAGAAAGAUAUUACUUUUUGAAUAAUGUUAUUAUAAUCAUUUUAGUUUUAUUAUAGUUAAAGGUCGAUUUGGACCACGUCUAGAUUUUGAAAUAGGGCCUCCACGAUCUAGUAGACAACCCUGCACCCAUCUCUCGAUCAAUUUAGACUAUUUUCAUUUCCCCAUUCAAUUUUUGCGCUAUAUCCAUUUUCUCUUCCUUCCAGAUUUACUUUCCUCUCUACUAGGACUGGGAAUUCGGUCUUGGUUUCUUGGUCAAACUGGAAACGAGAUCGUUUAUUCCUGAUGUAAUCUUUUCCUGAGCUUAAGUAUUUUUUACAAUUAUUUACUAAUUUUUAAUUUUGAUAAAUUUAUGGGGGAAAAAAUUAGGGCCACAUUUUAAAUUUUCGAAUUGGGCCUCCAAAUAUCAUGGGACGGCCCUGUAUAUUGCAGUACCACAUGCUCAGAUGUGAUUUUCGGCUCCGAUCUCACAGAUGCCUUGCAUGUAAUCCAAGUAAACUAUCUAUCCCAUG